GGGUUUGCUGCUAACCUGCGCCCCAUCACAUCAUACUGCUUAAUGAAAGCACCCUGUUUUUCUUUCCCCUCUCUCCAUGAAUGGAACAAGCUCUGAGAUUAGGGUUGCAGUGCUUUGUAAAAUUUAGUAGUUCUGCAGUGAUUCAGCGAAAUUUGAAAGUUGGGGCAUUUGUUUCGGUUGGAGCAAAAUCAAUGAGGUCUAAACGACUGCUUUCUAAUUCCUCUGUUACGGGGAAGUUAACCGAAUCAAUGAGUAUUGAUACAUCACAAGCUAAGAAGGCUAUUGUCAAGGAAAACGUUGUGGAAGGUAAAACAGUAGAACCUGAGAUUCUUGGGGAUGAUUCUGACAGCCUGGAAAGAAUGACAGUUCAACAACUCAGAUCAAAAUUAAGGAGUUUUGGGGUCUCUGCCAAAGGUUGUAAACGUGAUCUUGUAUCUGCGUUGAGGAGUUUCCUGAAUAGCAAAGUGGAUGGUGGAAGUUGCCCCACAGUAGAAGGUCUAGCAUCCUCUGAAUUGGAACCAAUUUAUACUGAGAAUAGUUCAUCUAAAAGGAAGGCUGACAGUUCAUCUAGUCAAAACCUUAUGAAUAUGAACACUGUUUCAGAGGUUUCUGGACUUCAACACACUAAGAGACGAGUAAAACAGGUUCAAGUUGAGGUUAGUAGUGCUGAAGUUGAAACUACACUACUUGCAACGAAGCAAACUUUCUCGGCAAAAACCAAUGAUAUUUCAGGUAAGAAACCUAUCCUGCCAAAGAGAAAAGGUCCCUUAGAAAUUGCUAGUAGAGAGGUUGGAGCUGCUGAUGGGGUAGUUCUAUCCAUGAAUCAAGAUGAACCUUGGACAGUUCUUGCGCACAAAAAGCCACAAAAAGGAUGGAUUCCAUACAAUCCCAGAACUAUGAGACCUCCUCCUCUUGCUUGUGGCACACAGUGUGUGAAGAUCAUCUCUUGGAAUGUCAAUGGUUUAAGAGCAUUAUUGAAGCUAGAGGGGUUCUCCGCACUGCAACUUGCACAAAGAGAGGAUUUUGAUGUGUUGUGCUUGCAAGAGACCAAACUACAGGAGAAGGAUGUUGAGGCAAUCAAACAGACUCUCCUAGAUGGCUAUGAGAAUAGCUUUUGGACUUGUAGUGUCUCCAAACUUGGGUAUUCUGGUACUGCAAUUGUAUCACGGAUAAAGCCACUUUCGGUCACAUAUGGCCUAGGCAUGUCAGAUCACGAUAGUGAAGGACGACUAGUGACGGUGGAGUUUGAUAAGUAUUAUAUAAUAAAUGGAUAUGUUCCUAAUUCUGGGGAUGGUCUUAAAAGACUGUCUUACAGGGUUACACAGUGGGAUCCGUCUCUCAGCGAUUACAUGAAAGAGCUAGAGAAGUCAAAGCCUGUCAUUUUGACUGGAGACCUGAACUGUGCUCACGAAGAGAUAGACAUCCAUAAUCCUGCUGGAAAUAGAAGAAGUGCUGGUUUUACAGAUGAAGAAAGACGAUCAUUUGGGACAAACUUCUUAUCUAGGGGUCUUGUGGAUACCUUUAGGAAGCAGCAUCCUGGUGUUGUUGGCUAUACUUACUGGGGUUUCAGGCAUGGUGGGCGCAAAAGUAAUAAAGGAUGGCGGCUUGACUACUUCCUUGUCUCAGAAUCCAUUGCUGACAAGGUUCACGACUCUUACAUUCUCCCAGAUGUUACUGGAAGUGAUCAUUGUCCUAUUGGCCUCAUUCUCAAGCUCUAGCUUCAUCAGCAUCAUUGGAGCUGAUUCCUUGGGGCCCAUUAAGACUUAUCUUUUGGGUAUUCAUCACAAAAUCAUGUGGCUAGUAACAAUUUUGGUGGACGUAAUACUAACAAUUUUGGUGGAGGUAAUGGCCAUAAAUGCAAGAUUCUGAAGUUGUCGAUCAGCAUUGGCAUGGUGUAUGCCAAAUUCAUUUCUUGAAAAUUGGCAUCUUUCGUUCACAAAAUUAUCAAAUGAAAACUCUAGGAGUGAAUGGAAAUUGAUAUUUUGAAAUGUAGAAAUUAUGUUGAUUGAAAAUUUUCCGAGUUGGUUUCAAUUAAAAACUGCUGAUUCACAGUUUGUGCAUCAAUGAACACUACCAGUGGCUGUUUUGGUUAAGAUCCAUUCAAUUCCUUUUUA